AUGAUGGAUUUGGAGCGGCUUCUACCUCCCUACCAAAGCUCUGACCCUUCAUCGAUCCACGACAAGCUUGUGAAACUGUAUGAACCUGGCACCGGCGAGUGGGUCUUCAGAUCUUCCGAGUGGAAAGCGUGGAUGGAGGACCCACAAUACGCAUGCACGCUUUGGAAGAAAACUGUCCAGAGUUUUGAUAGGGUGUACGUGCUGCUAGAUGCAGUGGACGAAAGCAUGCCUCGGGGUAACCUCUUGAAGGUUGUGCGCGACCUGUCGACGGAUCAAAGACUCGACAACAUACAGCUUCUGGUAACAAGUCGCGAAUACAUCGACAUUGAGACUGUGAUGUCAUCAUUAUCAACCUCCCUAUAUAUGUCGACCGGUUUAGUGGAGGAAGAUGUUCACACUGUUUUGUGUAGCAAGGCGAAGGGAAUGUAUGAAGAUGCGUCUAUGCUCUGGUCGGGGGCAUAUUUACUGACCUUUCCGUCCCCUAGGUUCCGAUGGGUCGUAUGUCAAAUUGAUGCUUUGCAACGCUUGAAGCCUGAUAUCAACGUUGUCACCACAGCGCUGGCGAAUUUACCCCGUACUCUCGAUGAAACAUAUGAGCGCAUCUUCCGCCAGAUCCCUGAAGAGGCCCAAGAUACUGUUCGCUACACCUUCAUGUGGAUCCGCAGGCAUCAACUGCAGCAUACGUUUACAGGAACUCAAGAGCAAAGCAAUAUUCCGUGCUCAGUACUGCUUUGUGUCAUACAGGAGUCUCUGGGACUAAAUGGGCUCAAUGACAGUCUUGCUUAUGCUGUUGAUGAAGAACUUAUUCGUAAGUUCUGCGGAUGCCUUAUUACGAUAUCCAUGGAGGAGAGGCACAAAGUUUGUGGAAUCUUCUCCAGGAAAAAGACCACCGGUCAGACUGCUGACAGACUCGUUCGCACAUUACAUCGUGUUUGA